CCAUUAAGCACACACAUACACACUUGCUCGAGAAUCUACCCCACAAACACCAGCCUGCGGUGGAUGUGUUCACGUAUGCAAAUGUGUUUGUGCGUAGUUAUACGCGUGCUUGCGAUGUGGUACGUGAAAGUGUCUUUCACAUCCCAAGCGACAACACGUGUCAAUCAACUGGUGGGGGGAGUCCCACCUCGCAAUCUUUUCUCCCUGUUAAGUCUUUUUGCGUCUCUGAUGACGUAGUACGGAGCUGCACCGGAUAUACCAAACGUAUGAGCUGAGUCAAUCGACCAGUGUCGGCCUCCACAGUAACCGUGCGGCGCCUCACUCUCCCUACUGCCAGAAUCGCAUGGGUUUAUACGACAUUUCAACUGCCGUCGGCACAUAAAGCAGAUCUAUCUAUCUUACAAGAAAGUACAUGCUGUUGAUCUCUUUUUUACGAUGCAACAGCCUGAGGUCAACGCCGCUAAUCAGGCAUUGGAGCGGGCGGUGCGGGAGGACGAUGAAGACGGAGUAUUGGCCGCCAUUAGCUCUGGCGCUGACGUCACUAUGUUGCUGCCGCCAACUGACAAAAAAUAUCCGUGUGCCUCAUUUUUGAUUCUGGCGUGCGAGAAGGGGAAUGCCCGCAUCAUGCGCCAUUUACUGGACGCUGGUCACCAUGUUGACUGUAGAGGCAAGUUCCCAUACACACCACUACAGUGUGCAGUACAUCUUGGGUACAAUGACUGUGUAUCAACCCUGCUUGCUGCUCGUCCUGACUUAGAGGCUACCGACGGUAACAGCAACACAGCACUGCACUUGGCCGCCAGGCGGAGCAACAUCUUCUGCGUCAACACUCUCAUUGAGGCUGGAGCUAAUGUUGACGCCAGGGACGACAUGAUGCGUACCCCGCUGCUGGUCUCGGUCCUCGCCAACUCUACUGAAGUAAUGCGGCUGCUGCUUGCUGCUGGCUGUGACUACACUGCAGUCAAUAACGCAGCCUUCACAGCCAUGCACAUAGCUGCGUUGUCUGGAAAUGAGGCAGCUAUUCAGGAACUAUAUAGAGCAGGUCUGGAUCCGGAAACACAGGACGCGACUGGUCUGCUACCAGAGGAUGUGGCCGAAGCUUGGGGCCGGCAUAACACCGCUUGGCUCCUUCGUAAGCUGCCCAAGUUGAAGCCUAGUGUCCAGCGCACACCCGUCCGCGAUAUGACGACAAGAAGCUGGAACGAAUAUGAAUCAGAAGGGCAGAAGACUAUGCUGUGGGUCCAAGAGAAGGACAUCUUCCUCCUGGAGGCGAGCCUCCCGAAGAACCGAGACGGCCACUAUCAAGACACUGACGGCCUCACGCCCCUCCACCUGGCCGCUAAGCUGGGUCUGACUGAUGUUGUACAUUCACUUAUCAACUCGUGCCAAGUGCUGCCCGGUGUGGUCACUUAUAACGGAGAGACUCCGGCCGACUUAGCCCGACAGGCAGGUCAUGAGGCUCUAGCCGCCAUCCUCGUGGAAGAAGCAGCUCCUCAGAAGCAGCCCCCACAGGCAGACGAGGGAGCGGCUACACUGUACAACAACCUCCUGAUGGUGAUCAGCACUGGUGACGACAUGGUGGCCGCUCGCCAACUAUUACGCUCUGGGGCUCCGCUGGAACCCACGGGAGACUUCUACACCAGCGCCCUAGUUCUGGCCGUCACCUGCAACAGGCCGAGGAUUGUGAGCCUUCUGGUGGCCGCAGGAGCCCCACUGACCACUUGCUCAGCGGGACUGUCACUACUGCAGCUGGCGUGGCGCUCUCACGACGUCACCAUCAGAGUCAGAAUUCUCAUUACUAGACACUUCCUGAACACUCUAGAGGUUGAGAAGCGUCGCAUUAGACCAGAGGACGAGGCCCUCCGUGAGGGUGUUGAAAUACUUGUGAACAGUAUAAGAGGCGCGACCCCCUGGCAGGCCAGUUGGCCCCCACAGCCUCUGCGUCAACUAUCAUCUCUUAUGGUCGCGGCAGCCACUAAUAAUUGCCCUUUGAUAGCAUCUUUCCUUAAGCUGGCUGGGGCGAAGUCUUUCUUGCAGGAUGACCUUGGUUCAACGCCUCUACACGCAGCCAUUGAUGCUCAACACUGGCAUUUUGCAGAGUUGAUGAUUAAACACAUGGGUGGAUGCCUCUAUAUCCCCGAUUCGUCCGGCAGGCUUCCACUGGAUAUGCUGCCUGUAACUCACAGGAUAAGGAUAGAAAAGGAUUUAUAUCACCAUGAACGGCGACAGUUAGAAGAUUUUUGGGAAAAUGUCAAAGAUAAAGAAGAGAAGGAUGAGUUACAGGCAGUUAUUGACGUGUACAAGUCUUUAUUUAAAAGAUAUCUUGCAAAUACCACCCUGGCUGGGACUAGGCUACCCUCAGUGUCUUCAACACUACAGCUAGCUAGUCACUCCUACAGCCUCCUGGUGUCAAGUCGGCGAGGGCUCUUGCAGCUAACAUAUCUCCUGGUUACCGUGGGAGGCCUUCAUGUUGACGCAGUGAUAGAUCCUACACAUGAUUCUACCGCACUCCACCAAGCUGCCUCCCAUGGUAACUCAGGGAGUUUAGCCUUGCUGUUAAGUCUAGGUGCUUGUCCUUUAAAGCAAGACAGAUACGGACAUACACCUGCCCAUUUUGCUGCCAUGUUUGGCCAUGACACAAGUUACAAUCAGUUAAAGGUAUACAUGUCAGAGCAGCAGCCGGUGAGUGUAGCAGGAACAACACCCGAUGAUCUAAUUUCCAGUUUCAAGAAAUAUUUAAUACGGUAUAAGAAAACUGUAAGAGAUUUAGAUACAAUGGUGUUCAACUAUCCAUCUGAAGGGAUCAAGAAGAUCUUGAAUUCUGUCAAUAUAAGAGAUAUUUCAAAAGAAUUAAACAAAAUCUCCAUAGACUUCACUGAUGGUGAAGCUCAGCAGGUUAAAGAGGCUAUGACCAACGAGGUACACAUUAUAAUGGAUAAAGUUAGUGCUGUUGACAGAGUAUAUGAAGGUGAACUCACCAUAGUCGGGAGCUCGUCAGAUGGAACUCGUCUAUAUGCGCCUGAUGAGUAUGAUAUGAGUGUCGUACUUUCAAAUAUCACAGGAAUUAGUAUAGAAAUUGUUGAGCAAAACCCUCAGCAGGCAGCUUUGAGUGGUCAUAGACUUCGAGUUCUGGUCAAAUCUGAACAUCCAAGUCUACAAGGAAAUGUUUUGAUCAGUAAGUUUUAUGACUUAGUAAGUAGCUGCCUGAAGACCCACGUAAUCACCAACAGCCGACUGAGUCUAGUGCCUCCAGGUGUGACAAGAACUCAGGUGGGCGUGUCGCUAACAUUUGCUUGGCAGGGAAAGGAAUAUCCACUUUUGCUAAUUAGCAUUGACUUAGUUCCCGUGCUAGCUGUUCCAUGGCCAGCCGAAGUAAGCAGACCACCCCUGACGCCAGCCAAUAUUACUCAGGUGUAUCUUAGCAAUACAGCUGACGGAGAAUGGCGGUGUAGCUUUGCUGGCGCCGAAGCAGAAGUCCUGAGUGAACUGACGGCACAAGAGCGACGUGUUUACUUAGCAUGCAAAGCGCUCCUCUCCUACCUGAAAGCUGAGCCUUGGAUGCCAAGAGAAGUGAAGGCCAAUUACAUUUGGUGGGAUUCAAGAAAGUGGAAAAUCAUGAUCCCUGCAGGAUUUGCAAUGAAGAAUAGUUACUUAAUUGAACUACAGAAUAAACGGGAGAAGAAACUUGACUGGACAGACAAGGACCUCAUAGAAAUGAUUAUCAUUAUCAUGAAAAACCUUUGCCAAGAAUUCCAUGACCCAUCAACUAACACCGAUUCAUUAGUACCAUCCAAAAUAUACGCUUAUUUUGGCGGGGAGUUUGAGAAACCAAAGAUAGGGGAAGGAGCUCCGGACAUUAUUAAAGCUCUUAAAGAAAUACAAGAAUAAUAACCACUUGUACAUUUUUAGUCACUAUAUAAAAGUUAUUUUGUAAAUAUCUUGAAUCAUUAUAUAUACACUUGAAUGAAAUUAAAUGUUUUUGUACUUUCUUACAAUGUAUUUUUGUACUUACAAUGUACCUGUAAACAUUUUUUUUAAUUUUGCUAGAAAUUACCUUCUUAAGAUUAUAUCUUAAGAUUAAGGAUCUGCUUGAAAUGCUAUGUGUGUUAGUGACUUUACAAGAAUGUAAAGCUCACGUCUCCAUACUCUCAUGAACCCAAUGUACCUUCUUGUACUGUAUAUAAAUAAAUAAAUAAAU